CUGUGUGGACGCGCGCAGCCCCCUGGACUUGGUGGGAGGGGGAGAAGUUUCCCCAAAGACCAGCUUGGAUCACUGAUAGAGACGAUGCCUUCCUCCUCUAGCCCUGUCUCACGAGCUGCUCAGUGGAUUUGCUGAUUUCCGAAAUUAUUUCUGCAAGUUCUUCAGCGGGAGUGAGGAGAGACUCUGAGCCAGAGGAUGCUCCCACAGGUCAUUCGGAUUCUGUAUGUUUUGUCUUUCUGCUUUUUCCAAGGAGGCUUUAUCAGACUGAGCUCCUGUAAGGAGGAGAUAAAGCCCCCCAGCAGGGCAGGACCACAGCUGUCACCUUCGGACUUCCUGGACAAGCUCAUGGGGAGAACGUCAGGAUAUGAUGCCCGCAUCAGGCCCAACUUCAAAGGCCCACCUGUGAAUGUCACCUGUAAUAUUUUCAUCAACAGCUUUGGGUCGAUCACUGAGACUACCAUGGACUACAGGCUUAAUGUAUUUCUACGGCAGAAAUGGAACGACCCUCGUCUGGCUUACAGAGAAUACCCAGAUGACUCCCUGGAUCUGGAUCCAUCCAUGUUGGACUCUAUCUGGAAGCCUGAUUUAUUCUUUGCAAACGAGAAAGGAGCCAAUUUUCACGAGGUCACCACUGAUAACAAGCUACUACGGAUUUUCCAAGACGGCAGCGUUCUCUACAGCAUCAGGCUGACUCUAACCCUGUCCUGCCCUAUGGACUUGAAGAAUUUCCCCAUGGACAUUCAGACCUGUACCAUGCAGCUUGAGAGCUUCGGUUACACCAUGAACGACCUGAUCUUCGAGUGGCUCUCUGAAAACCCCGUUCAGGUGGCGGACGAUCUCACCCUCCCCCAGUUUGUGCUGAAAGAGGAGAAGGAUUUGGGCUACUGCACCAAGUACUAUAACACAGGUAAAUUCACCUGCAUCGAGGUCAAGUUCCACCUGGAGCGCCAGAUGGGUUACUACUUGAUUCAGAUGUACAUCCCUUCCCUCCUCAUCGUCAUCCUUUCGUGGGUGUCUUUCUGGAUCAACAUGGACGCCGCACCGGCCAGAGUCGGUUUGGGUAUCACCACCGUUCUGACGAUGACCACGCAGAGCUCUGGCUCAAGAGCAUCGCUGCCCAAGGUGUCCUACGUGAAGGCCAUCGACAUCUGGAUGGCAGUGUGCCUUCUGUUUGUGUUCGCGGCCCUGCUGGAGUACGCGGCGGUGAACUUCGUCUCAAGGCAACACAAGGAGUUCAUCAGGCUGAGGAAAAAGCAGCGUCAGCAGAGAAUAGUGUUUACCAGUCAGCCUGGGAGUGUGGAGUCAUUGCGGAAAGCCAAUGACAUCCCUGCUGCCAACUCAUCCUUCAAGAAUCUGAACCAGCACUGCAGCGUCUGUGCCAGGGAGGAAGAGCUGGUGAGGGAAAGCCGCGGUUUUUACUUCCGGGGUUACGGACUGGGUCACUGCCUGCAGACCAAGGACGGCACCGCCGUGGAGGGGGCCACCGUGUUCACCCCGCCGCCGCCGGUCACCAUGUACGACGGAGAAGUACUUCACAAGCGAUUUGUGGAUCGGGCCAAACGCAUCGAUACCAUAUCCAGAGCCGUCUUUCCCCUGAGCUUUCUCAUAUUCAACAUCUUCUACUGGGUCACCUACAAAGUGCUGCGACAUGAGGACAUCCAUGCAAAUUUGUAAA